AUGCCGGCACGCCCUCCACCUCUCAGCACCCCUCACUCACUACACACGCAUCUCCUCUCCUUCCUCACUCUUUCAAUCCACACAAUCCUACAUGCGCGCGGUCUCUAUCCCGAAAAUACCUUCCUCUUAACGCGCGCUUUUAAUUUCCCUAUCCCUCAAAACCGCCACCCAGAACUUUGCGCCUACAUAAACUCCUGCGUCAGCGCCGUAGCCCCUCACCUACAAGCUGGAACCAUCAAUACCGUCUCCAUAGUAAUAUACUCCGAUUCCCCCGCAGUCGCACCCUCUUCCUCUCGCGCCAAUAUCUCCUCCUCUCCUCCCACAGAACCUUACCCAUCUUCUGCCCCCUCGGUCCAAAUACUCGAACGCUACAUCUUUAAUCUCUCUUCCUUCCCCUCUAUUCCCUUCAACGAACGCUUUACAUUCCUCGAAGGACGCGCUCCUGCAGAUGUAAAUGCCAUUCGCAAUAUCGAUGUCGAAGAAGAACUACGUGCUUGUUUAAGAAAACUAGCUUACAGUGCGAGUAAAUUGGAGGACUUGAAGAAUCCAGAGGAGUGUACGUGGGGGGUUGUUAUGGAGAUGAAAGAAGAUGAGGGAGAGGGGACUGCGCCAAUUGGACAUCCACAGCGAUGGGAACCAGCGGUAGCGGAAUUGCAAAUCCCAACUGGAGGCGCGACAGAUAUAAAAGGAAAGGGAAAAGCCAGAGAUAAUGAGCCGGAAACUAGGAAAGAGAGUAGAGUUGGCAAGGCAAGAGGAGGUGUCAAGAGUACAGCUAUCAGAGCGGUGGAGGUAGGAGAUUUCAUCAUGGAAGCUUGGAUUGAAGAAGGAAAAGCCAAGUUUGAGAAUCGAGAAUCGCGCUCCCGGGAAGAGACAGCAACAUGA